CGCCGCAGCCGCUAGCCCGGCAUGGCCAUGGCGUCCCCGGCCAUCGGGCAGCGCCCGUACCGGCUACUCUUGGACCCAGAACCGCCGCGCUACCUACAGAGCCUGAGCGGCCCCAAGCCGCCGCCGCCGCCGCCCCCGGGCCGGUCCUCGCGCCGCUGCGCCCCCGCGCCCCUCUCCACUGCGCCCGGGGCGCACGAGGGACGCGGUGCCAGAAGGGCUGCCCGGGGGGACUUGGAGCCACAGCCUCGGGCUUCCCGACCCGCUCGCGCGCUCCGGCCUGGUCUGCAGCAGAGACUGCGGCGGCGGCCUGGAGCGCCCCGGCCCCGAGACGUGCGGAGCAUCUUCGAGCAGCCGCAGGAUCCCCGCGUCCCGGCGGAGCGAGGCGAGGGGCACUGCUUCGCCGAACUGGAGCUGCGGAGCGGCUGGGGCUGGUGUGACCUGUGCGGACGAGAGGUGCUGCGUCAGGCGCUGCGCUGCGCUAACUGUAAAUUCACCUGCCACCCGGCGUGCCGCAGCCUGAUCCAGCUGGACUGCAGUCAGCAGGGAGGCCCCUCCCGGGACAGACCCUCUCCAGAAAGCACCCUCACUUCGACCUUCAGCCAGAAUGACUGUAAACCCGCAGAGGAGCCGCGGAGCCCGCCCACGCUGCAGGAGAUCAAGCAGAAGAUCGACAGCUACAACACCCGGGAAAAGAACUGCCUGGGCAUGAAGCUGAGUGAAGACGGCACCUACACGGGUUUCAUCAAAGUGCAUUUGAAACUUCGGCGGCCGGUGACGGUGCCUGCUGGGAUCCGGCCGCCAUCCAUCUAUGACGCCAUCAAGGAAGUGGACCUGGCAGCCACCACGGACAAGCGGACAUCCUUCUACCUGCCGCUGGAUGCCAUCAAGCAGCUGCACAUCAGCAGCACCACCACGGUCAGUGAGGUCAUCCAGGGGCUGCUCAAGAAGUUCAUGGUCGUGGACAAUCCCCAGAAGUUUGCACUUUUUAAGCGGAUACACAAGGACGGGCAAGUGUUCUUCCAGAAACUCUCCGUUGCUGACUGCCCCCUCUACCUGCGCUUACUCGCUGGGCCUGACACGGAUGUGCUCAGCUUCGUGCUAAAGGAGAAUGAAACUGGAGAGGUGGAGUGGGAUGCCUUCUCCAUCCCCGAGCUCCAGAACUUCCUAACAAUCCUGGAAAAAGAGGAGCAGGACAAAAUCCAACAAGUGCAGAAGAAGUAUGACAAGUUUAGGCAGAAACUGGAGGAGGCCCUAAGAGAAUCCCAGGGCAAACCUGCCUAGCCGGUCCUGCUUCCUCUUCUCCCGAUGCCCACGGAUUUAUUUUUAUUAUUAAUUAUUAUUUUGCCACAGACACUUUUUCUCAGGACACCUCUGUUGGGUGCAUCUGUGCCCGCCCAGCAGUUCCAGACGUGGCACAAAAUCUCUGAUGGACACGUGUGUGCGCGGAGUUGGGGCCUGCCCGCCGUCACGCUGUGCCCUCUGCACGCUGCCCAGGAGCAGCGCUCGCUCGUGUGAAAGAUCCGCCACGUCCUCUCACCAUCGGCAAGCCUUUCACAAACCAAAUAGUUGCCUCUCUCC